AUGUCCAACAAAACAGUUGUUUGGGAUGCAAACAGAAACACCCCACUUUCAAACUCAUCGGGAACCUUCAAGAUCGGCGACCAUGGAAACGUCGUUGUUGUCGAUCAAGUCGGGAACAUAUCAUGGUCUUCGAAUGAAACGAAGGCAGGUCAACAUGUUGUGCAGCUUUUGGAUUCAGGAAAUCUUGUUGUCAAAGAGAUGAACGAGAGCGACCCGGGGAAAUAUCUGUGGCAGAGCUUUGAUUAUCCCACCGACACUUUGUUACCAGAUAUGAAGCUAGGAUGGGAAUUAGACACCGGCUUCGACCGGCACUUAACGUCGUGGAGGAGCUCGGCGGACCCUUCAACGGGAGACUACUCAUUCAAGCUAGAUUUCCGUGAGAAAUUUCUUGUGGAACAAACAAGAAGUAGAAUAUCGAAGCAGGCCUUGGAACGGGAUAAGGUUCAGCGGGGUACCAGAAAUGGCGCCUUUAAACUAUCUCAGCUUUGA